AUGACGAAACCAUUGAAUUAUAACAAGUGGAAAAAGAUCGAGGUGUCCGAUGACGAAGAUGACACUCAUCCGAACAUCGAUACACCAAGUCUGUUUCGUUGGCGUCAUCAGGCACGUGUUGAACGACGUGAGCAACGUCUUGAAGAGCAAAAAGACCAUGAAAAGAAACAUAAAGAAUUAUUGGAACGCCGAAAGAAAUUCAAUGAAAAACUGAAAAAACUAGAGAACGAAAAGGGUGAUGUAUCGACACUGAAAUCCGAACGUGAAGCUUUGGAGAAAGAAGAACGUGAAUGGAAAAACAAAGAUGACGAAAUUCAAAAACAAGAACGUAUUCGUCCAUUGGAUGUCGACGAUUUGACUCAUGAAGGCAAAUCUAAAACAUCAAUUAACAAAAAAGUUACCGAAGAUCGACCACAAAAUAUGACUGAAGAAGAACAAGCAGAAUAUUACAAAAAAUUCAUUGACAAACAUCGAGACAAUGUCAAGAAAUACGGUAUGUUUCGUAAUUACGAUGACACACAACGAUUUCUUGAAGAACAUUUGGAACUGGUUUGCGAAGAGACGGCAAAUUAUUUAGUUGUAUGGUGUAUUGAUUUGGAAAUGGAAGAAAAACAUAGUUUGAUGGAGCAUGUUAGUCAUCAAACGAUGAUCAUGCAAUUCAUUCUUGAAUUGAGCAAAAGUUUAAAGAUUGAUCCACGUCAAUGUGUUCGACCAUUCUUUCAAAGAAUGAAAACAGCAGAUGAACAAUAUAAACAAGGUUUCUUCGAUGAACUGAAUGCCUUUCGAGAACGUGUUCAAACACGCGCAAAACAAAAACUUGCUGAUGCGAUUAAAGAAUACGAAGAGGAAGAACGCCAGAAACGUUUAGGUCCAGGUGGUCUCGAUCCAGUCGAAGUAAUGGAAUCAUUACCAAAGGAAUUGCAAGAAUGCUUUGAAUCACGUGACGUAGCCAAAUUACAAGAAGUUCUAUCAAAAAUGCCACGUGAAGAAGCAUCCCAGCAUCUCGAUCGUUGUAUUAAAUCUGGCUUAUGGGUACCAAAUGCUAAAGAUGCUGCAGGUGACGGUGAAGACGAAGAAGAAGCUGUAGAUACAGCUGCAGCUGCAGCUGCAAGCGAACCGACAAGCGAGGAAAAAGUCACAGAAGAUGUGGGAAAACUAAACGUUGACUAA